AUGAUGAAGGGGAUAAAUCAUGGGGCGUGUGACUAUUUGGUGAAGCCAGUGCAUACCAACGAGCUAAAAAAUAUAUGGCAGCAUGUUGAAAGCAGGAGAAAUUCUGAAGCAAUAAGGCACAUUAGCAGGGACGAUGAUGACGACCAGAGAUCACAGCUUGGGACUGCUGCCAAGAGCAAUGAUGGAGCUAAUACUGACGAGAGCAAAGAGAGCACACAUGCAUCCGCUACCCAGAAGAAGCCAAAAGUGGCAUGGACAAUCGAGCUGCAUACAAAGUUUAUGGAAGCUAUCAACCAGAUCGGCCUUUAUAGGGCUACUCCAAAAAAGAUUCUUGAGCUGAUGAAUGUGGAUUACCUCACUAGAAAAAAUAAGUAUAAAUUGUACUUGAAAAAAGUCAACUCAAACCCACUUGGUGAUGCAUGUGUAAGAUGGAACUCUUUCAUGAACAAUUGGGAGAGUUUUAUGCAUAACCAUGAGCAUGAAAGGUGGGGUGUGUCCUCAGGUAGCAUCGCCUCGUGGAGUCCGAACCAUUACGGUGCAGCGGUUCACUUAGGUCAGCAUACAAACACCCAGGGGAGUAUGUCCAUGGGUUCAUUAAUCAGUGGUGGUACAAUGCUGGGGUAUUUGGUACCACAGACGCCCUCUAUGGGAAUAUUUUCUGGCUUGAAUGAGCAUAUAGUUCCAUUCAACAUACCUAGCAACCCAAGCUCUAUAGGGAUGUUGAAUGCAAACAUCAGUGUUCCAAUGGAAGCACCUCAGUUUGUUUACAGCGACCCAAUCACUACAUUAGUGGCAGGCUUCAGCGAGAAGAUGGCGCCAUUCAACAUAGCAAGCAACAUGGGCUCGGUUGGAAUGAUGUUAAAUGGCAAGUAUGCACCUGGUACAGGAAGAACUUCAGUGGUAGAGACUGAGAUGGUUAACUAUGGAAGAAUUAGUUCUGCACUUUCCAACCAUCAGAUAUAUGAUUUCGUCCCAUUGACACAUAUGCAUGAAGUCGGUGAUGCAUCUGGUAUUUUCCAUGUGCAAGAAGGAACAGUUGAUCAGCAAGCACUUAGUAGUCAACUGAAUGGCAUCAAUGACUUGUCAUCAGUCGGUAUUAAUGAAGAUUUCAUUGGAGAGGAUGCGGUCAUGGAUGGAUAA